GUGCGAACGUACCACACCACGUCACUCGAGAGAUGUGGCCACCAGAACCGCUCGAAGAUUAGCGCACGCGUCGCAAAGAAGCCUUUGUGGCCUGUGUCAUCGUGCGCAGAUCGCAUAAUGAAGAUUCGACGUGCAGGGGGCACAACCAGUUUAUGUCGUCCAUCGCACAAAUGUCUUGUAUUCGGCGUCGGACAUGUCGCGUGGACGCUGCAAGUUUCCAUGCCAGGCUUGGACCAAGUCGACUCGGUGAUCCGCAAGCAGAUCUGCUGAUGAUCGAGGGACGUCCGUGUAAGACAGAGGGGGCGUUGGAGCGUCAACGACACUCUCUGGUACGUCCAAGGGUGUCUCGUUGAGCAGAGUAGCCACUUGUCGUUGA